GCAUCAUGUCGGACUUGCGCAUCACCAUGCAGCGCCGACGCCUCCAAAGUGAGCUGAAGUCUUCUCGCAAGCCGAAGCGACGUGCCGUGCCAGCGCGAGUCCCAGAAGGAACGCGGAUGAGGGGGAACUUCCCCAACCUGGUUGCGCUUUUCAAGACGCGCCUCCAUCAACGGCUUGACCCCGAAGCCAACAUGGAGUUGCUCCGGGCGGAGUCGCCCCAUGAGCAUGAGGAGCUGUCGGAGGGCACGCAGCCCAGCCCGCCCAGCCAUAUUUCAGGCGCUGAGCGGCAUGACCCGGAACAGCAGAGAGACCCGACUUUGGUGGCCAUGGCUGGGGCCAACGCACGGCACUUCGUGCCUGAGAAGCUGCCGUGGCAGGUGCUGCGGAACAUCACGCGGGUGCUGCAGCUCUGCUGGCUGUGGUCUGGGCUCAUGGCCUUGCUGAAGGAGGUCCACGUGUACCAGGUGGAUUUCCAGCAGCAUCCGGCCCACGAAAGGAGGCUCUGUGAGGCAGCAAGCUGGAAGUUCGGCAAGCUGAAUGUAGAGUGGCCUCACGGCAGUUUUUUCCGGCCACAGGGGAUCUUGUGCGCCAGAGACUUCUACGUGGCCAGUCCCUUUGCCCUAUACCGAGCACAGCUGGCUGUGGAGGCUUUGAAUGAGACUCACAGAGUGCAGCUGGAUGAGGUAAGGCGGAUGCGCCUGCCUCGCUCUUUAAGCGCUGCCUGUGCGCGGGACAGUCGCUCAAAGUGUCUGAUCCUGGCUACCAGUCAGGAUGGCUUGGAGAUCUGGCCAGAGACCUCACCAGGUGACGGCGUCGUGCUGCAGCCGGAAAUGCCUUGGCAGCUGGCCGCGGGCAGUACAGUGCCGUGCCAGAAGGUGCCGCGGCUGCUUCCCCCUGAGGAACACGCGACGGAGUGGUGCCUGGUGCUGGCAGGCUGGGAUGGUGAAACGCUGCCGAUUGCUGCCGUGCCCCUCCCGAAUGGUGCGUCCACACCGCCGCGGGUGACUAGAGUGAGACCAGGCCUUGAUGCGCCCUUGGAAGAGAAGGGAGUUGUGGCAUUGCACUUGGACCCGUACGGCCGCCUGGUGGCUUUGCUCGCCAGCGGACGAGUGGAGGCCUGGGACAUCUUUGAGUCGCGCAGCCUGGGCCGCUGGAGGCCGGAGUGGCCGGCCAGUUUCCAGGCAGUGGGUCUAUGCCAGGACCUGCACGUUGGGUUCCUGGCGAUAGGGCACGACACGGAUAGAGGUGGCGCAAUGAUCUCUAGAUCGCCCGCGCUUCCUUGGAACGUGAGCUCAUGAAAUCAAUCCCCGGUCUCACAAGCCACAAAGACUGUGGCAGGGCUUUCCGAUGUACACAGAAGUUCCCAUUCAGGCAAGCCCGGCUAACGCACCCAGCCUAGCUGCAAGAAAAA